CGCUGCAGUCUCAUUAACGAUCCGGCGCAUCAGGCGCAGUACGCACAUGUUGCGAGGGAUUGGGGUCGACCGCCACCAGAUGUUCCAUCUGGGGCUUACCAGCCUAUAUUUUGGGAGUCCGACCAACAUAUUGCGCGGGCAAAUGAGCGGCGGUGGAGGCGAGACUGUAUCGUGGAGGCAAAUCCUUCCAUGGAGCAUGUACGACACUUGUUGGAUGUCAUAAUGGGACGCGCUACACUUGAUCCUGGUGUGGCGCGUGUUGUAUCGGUUUUCUUUAACCAGAAAUCAUCCGGAUUUUCUCCACAGGAGCUAAUGCAGUUUCUAGUUACGUGCGCGUUUCACGUGAAGGGCAUGACGCCGCUGGAGGCUGCACGUUUCUGUUUCUUUGCACUCCGUCGUGACAUGGAACACGCCAUUGCAAGGGAUGACGUCAUUUUUAUGCUUGAACACUCGCUCAUUGAGCAUACAAUUGAAAUGCCGGAAAUGGAGUUGCGGCGCCGUGUGGUGGACAUCUUUGGUGACACCACAUAUGUCAUUUUUGAUGACUUUGUGCGGUAUUUCAUUCACAAUUAUGCGAUGUGGUACGCCUUUGGGGUGCCUGUCACGGUGAGUGGGGAACGCUCCGGCCGUGGUGGUGACGUGGCACCGCAACUCAACCCGACAUUAACGCUGCUAAAAGCGGAUGGGGAGCCCAAUGCGAAGGCACGCGCCCCAACUGCAGCGACAACUGUUAGCACCUCUGGUGCUGCCCCUGUCUCUGCUUCUACUUCUACUACCGCCGCGACACCGGCAGCGGCAAUAACAACAGCAACGACCCAAAAGACGGUACCACACGAUGAAAGCGUUUGGCGUACAUUUAUCGCCCGGGUCCAGCACAGCAACAAGGCGUUUAGCGUGACGGCGCAUGUUAAUGACACCAUCUUUGACGUGAUGGUUAUGGUGCAGAAUAGUACAGGGAUCCGUGCGGCGUGCCAGGAGUGGCGGGCUGGGAAUGUGGCGCUUGACCCAAAGUGCCGGUUGGGCUCCACCGAACUCGGCCUCGGGGGAAAUGAGGUCGCCGCACCGGAAGUAAUCAUCAUUGCGCGGGAUGAAGCUGUACGUCUUGUGAUGGUGUACAAGGAAAAGGGCUUCCGCUGGGAGGUGCGUCUGCCAUCCAGUGAGAAGGUGCUUAAACUGCGUGCUCUUGUUCAGCAUAAAACAAUGAUUCCCCUGACACGAUGUGUGUUGCGGGCCCACGGCUCAUGUCUGAUGGAUCGCCACCCACUGGCGCACUACAACCUGCAGGACGGCGAUGUUGUUACGAUCACACAGGAGUAA